GCCAACACAUCUUUACUAGUUACUGAGUUUAGAGGUGUUCUCUCUCAAACACCAACAGUUCAACAUUCAGUCUUCAUUCCCUCACCUGUUCAUGUCUGAGACCUUUUACACCUGGUGAACAAUCUGCACCUGUCAUGAAGAUGAUGAUGAUGAUGAUGGUGAUGGUGAUCUCUCUCUGACUGCAGGAAGCUGAAAACACUUUUCUCUGGGAGUGUGUUACCUGUCCUGGUUUGGAGUUACAUUUCUCUUGGUCCUAAAUCUGCAUUGGUUCAAACAGACGAGGAAUCUGUGCUGGUCUUCUGUUACAGAGAGAAUGAGACUUGGAUCAGCUGCAGUGUUUCUGAUUCUCCUGAUGAACGUCUCCACAGGUCAAACUCUGACAUGUCCUCAAAAACAGUAUCAGAUAAAUGAUAGAUGCUGUCCUAUGUGUCCAGCUGGAGGUCGAGUUUAUGCAGACUGCACAGAGUCCAGAAGUACUCUCUGUAAGCCCUGCCCUGAAGGAACCUUUAUGGACCAUCUGACUUCCCGUCCAGUCUGCUACAACUGUAAAAGCUGUGAUGAAGGUUCUGGUCUGAAGAUGAAGACGUCGUGUACGAUAGUAUCAGACACAGUUUGUGAACCUCUGGAAGGAUUUUACUGCUCAGACUCUAGAAAGGACGACUGUGUGGAAGCAAGGAAACACAGACGCUGUAAACCAGGAGAAUACGUCACAGAACACGGAACCAGGAACCAGGAAUCAGAGGGUCGAGAGCUGCUGAGAGCAGGAACUGAGACAGAGGACGCUCAGUGUGGAGGACUACUGUUACACAGGACUGUACUGAUUAUCUUUGUUGUUGUUGUGAUGUCUUUAUUAUCUGUACUUUUAGUUUGUUAUCUCGGACGGUGGAUAAUAAGACAUGUAAUCUCAGAAGUCAUAGCAGCAGUAAUCUCCUACAUGGUAUGUUUUAAACUCUCUUUACUCUCAAUCUGUUUUAUGUUCAAUGAUUUAAUAAAGUCUCUCUUAUUAAUGUUUCCUGUACAGAAAGGUGAGAAGUUUAGAGAACAACCCCUGGAGAGUCUGAUAUCAGAUGAUCCCAAAGAGUCGAAGGGUGACACGGUUCAGGAUCCUGUUCUGGUCCAGCUGCUGGAUCCUGACACACUUUGUUGAUAUCUGUUUAUAUGUAUAUAUGUGUUUAUAUGUAUAUAUGUGUUUAUAUGUAUAUAUGUGUUUAUAUUUAUAUCUGUUUUUAUAUCUGGUCCAGUUUUGUUUUUCUGAGACGAUGAUUGGACACAAACACUUUCAUCAGCGUUCCAUCGGCUCUCUCGCCAUCAAGUUUCUCUUGCAUUUCUUGUUACUAUUGUAAAAAGGAAUGAAUAAAAAGAUUUGAAUAAAUCAAA